GUAGAUCUAGAGAUCAUCAGGAUGGCUUUACAACAUGACCUCCCAGCACACUGAUAGUGCUGCUCAUGUCUCACAAGUAAAUAUAGAAGACUAUUAAUAGCUUCUCAUACACACAUACAGCAAAACAGCUGCUCAGUGACCAAGCAAAGACUCCGUACAAACAAACCAAGAUCUUCAAAUCAAACCCUGACUUUAAAGGACACGUAAAGGUAAAAACUUAAGUUCAGAACUGGUUUGUACUACAAAUGAACUUGUGUAGACAUUCCUCAUUGUUUUAAGCGGAAUGGGAGAUUUUCAAAACUUUGAACAAGACUUCUAUCAGUCUGGAUAUUAUAUGAAUGUUCAGCAGGAGGAUGUAUAUGGCUAUGAUGCAGCCUACGUCAAUCCAGACUACCAUGAAGUUGAUAAUUCCACACAUUUAGCAGAUGAAUAUACCACUACAGCAUCUUAUACUGGACAGUUGUAUCAGCCUGUAGUGCCACUGGAGCAAACAGAAUAUAUAGACUCAUAUGAGGAAGAACCACCGCUCUUGGAAGAGUUGGGCAUUAACUUUGACCAUAUCUGGCAGAAGACUCUGACUGUGUUAAAUCCACUGAAGCCCGCUGAUGGCAGUAUUAUGAAUGAGACAGACCUCACUGGGCCUGUUCUCUUCUGCAUAGCUCUGGGAGCCACACUAUUGAUGGCAGGGAAAGCACACUUUGGGUAUGUGUAUGGCAUCAGUGCUCUGGGAUGUGUUGGGAUGUACAUGCUGUUGAACCUGAUGAGCAGUUACAGCAUAUCCUGUGGAUGUGUGGCGAGUAUGCUGGGAUACUGUCUCCUGCCAAUGGUGGGACUCUCUGCCUUUGCUGUUCUUUAUUCCCUUCAGGGGCUCUCGGGAACACUGCUGGCCUUAUUUGUGAUUGGCUGGUGCAGUCUAUCAGCUUCUAAGAUCUUCAGUUCCACUCUUGACAUGAGUGGACAGCAGCUGCUGGUGGCCUAUCCCUGCGCUCUUCUGUACGGGGUCUUCGCCCUCCUUACUGUCUUCUGAAAUCUCAAAUACUAUCACUCUAAGAGCAGAUGAAAAUACAGUUCGAACAUAAUUCACAGUGUUUGUCAAAGUCGUGGCAAAUCAGAGUUACUGGAUAUUUUUGUCACAUGAAUAAAAAACAAAAUUCUGAAAAAAAAACUUUAAGAGCUGGGUUAGCAAAAUCAUUUUUGAUAUCGGAAUGCAUGCAUGAUCUGAUAGUGGAUGAAUCAUAAUUUAUUAUUCCAAAAAUUAUUAACAAAAAUAAAAAGGUUGGUGUGACUUUUUAUUUUAGUUUAUUGCAUUAAAAUGUAAGAGAUGUAUAAAACUUGAUUAC